AUCGAAACGUAAAUCUCAAUUCCUAACAUCGGCGGAAGCAAUCUGCCAUGUCGAUGAUGCCGUGCUGUAAAUGAACCAGCACAGUUAAAAACUCACUCCCUCUCUCUUCCCCGUCUUCCUCUCUCUCUAGGUUUACACUUCAACUGUUCUAAUAACUACUUGCUUUGUUUUGUUGUUUGGGUCUGUACUAAUCGAUCCGCACUUCGCAAAUCAGCAUAUGGUUUCGCUUGAUCGGUGAUGGCGAAUUUCUUAGCGCAGUUUCAGUCUAUAAAGAACUCAUGUGAUCAUCUCGUUAUAGCAGUUGAAGAUGUGAGUGAUUUGUGGCCUGUUGUCAAGAAGGGGUUUGAAGAGCAGUUGCCAUUCAAAGUCGCUUGUUUGAAUAACAAGACCCGUAAUCCCGUGUUUGUGGAGAAACUCACUGCCGAGUUCAUAUUAACGACAGAUUCGAGACUUCGUAGUCGGUUUCCUCAGGAGCAAUCAUUAUUUUGGUUUCGAGAACCAUAUGCAACCGUGGUUCUUGUUACUUGUGAGGAUCUUGAUGAGUUCAAGACCAUCCUUAAACCACGGCUGAAAUUGAUUGUUCAAAAUGAUGAACGGGAAUGGUUUAUUGUAUUUGUGUCUAAAGCUCAACCCCACAAUGAUCAGGCCACCAAGCUGGCCAAAAAAGUAUAUGCAAAACUUGAAGUUGAUUUUAGUUCAAAGAAGAGGGAAAGGUGCUGCAAAUUUGAUAUACAUGGACUUGAAGCAAAUUUCUGGGAUGACUUGGAAUCCAAAAUAGUGGAAUGCAUCAGGAACACACUUGACAGGCGUAUUCAGUUUUAUGAGGAUGAGAUUCGCAAGCUCAGCGAACAGCGCUUCAUGCCCAUUUGGAACUUUUGCAACUUUUUCAUUUUAAAGGAAAGCUUGGCUUUCAUGUUUGAGAUGGCUCAUCUUCAUGAAGAUUCAUUACGUGAAUAUGACGAAUUGGAACUCUGCUAUUCGGAAACAGUUAAUAAUAUGAAUGGGAAACAGAGGGACUUUGGAGGAAUGGAUCGUGGUGAUGAUCAGGCAGCACUUGUCUCUGGAAACAAACCAUUAACACAGAUUGUUCAAGAUGAUUCAUUUAGGGAAUUUGAAUUCAGACAGUAUCUGUUUGCCUGUCAAGCAAAGCUUUUGUUCAAGCUGAAUCGUCCAUUUGAGGUUGCAUCAAGGGGUUACGCGUUUAUAAUUGGCUUUUCAAAGUCAUUGGCUCUUCACGAGAAUGUAUUACCCUUCAGUAUGCGUGAAGUUUGGGUAAUAACUGCCUGCUUGUCUUUAAUCGAUGCAACUGCUUCUCAUUAUAGUGAUGGAUUAGUGGCACCUGAUAUAGAAAAAGAGUUUUACCGCCUUCAGGGGGAUCUUUAUUCACUAUGCCGGAUUAAGUUCAUGAGGCUUGCAUAUUUAAUUGGUUAUGGAUCAGAUAUAGAAAGAAGUCCUGUUAAUAGUGCUUCACUGAGCAUGCUGCCGUGGCCUAAACCAGCAGUUUGGCCAUCAGUUCCACCUGAUGCUUCGUCUGAGGUGCUUGUGAAAGAGAAGUUGAUUCUUCAAGAAAAUCCGAGGGUCAAGCAUUUUGGUAUUCAGAGGAAACCAUUACCUCUAGAACCAUCUGUACUUUUGCGUGAGGCUAACCGCCGAAGGGCUUCUCUCUCUGCUGGGAAUUUGUUUGAAAUGUUUGAUGGUCGCUCAGUUGUUAUUGAUGGCUCAGGUCCAGAUGGAUCCUUAAAGAUGUCCCCAUCACCUAAAAUAAAUACGAUUUCCAUGUCAAGGACUAAUUCUUCACCAGGAAACUUUGAGAGCUCAAUAGAUCGACCAAUGAGACUUUCAGAGAUCUACGUUGCUGCUGAACAUGCUCUGCGGAACACAAUUUCUAAUCCUGAUCUAUGGAAAUCAUUGUCUUCUGUAAAGGAGUUUGAGGAAAAAUAUUUGGAUCUAUCAAAGGGCGCUGCUGACAAUUUUUAUCGUUCAUGGUGGAAAAGACAUGGUGUUGUCCUUGAUGGUGAAAUUGCAGCUGUCUGCUAUAAGCAUGGGAAUUAUGAUCUUGCUGCAAAAUCCUAUGAGAAGGUAUGCGCUCUUUAUGCUGGUGAAGGAUGGCAGGAUUUGUUGGCAGAAGUUCUUCCCAAUUUAGCAGAGUGUCAGAAGAUGCUUAAUGAUCAAGCUGGCUACCUGUCAUCUUGUGUGAGGUUGCUCUCCCUAGAUAAAGGCUUGUUCUUGACCAAGGAACGGCAAGCUUUUCAGUCAGAAGUUGUUCAACUUGCACAUAGUGAAAUGAAACACCCUGUGCCCCUAGAUGUGUCCUCAUUGAUCACAUUUUCUGGCAAUCCUGGGCCACCUUUGGAGCUAUGUGAUGGGGAUCCUGGUACCCUAUCUGUAACUGUGUGGAGUGGCUUUCCUGAUGAUAUAACUCUUGAAUCGCUUAGUCUCACUCUGAAUGCUACUUAUAAUGCCGAUGAAGGUGUUAAGACAAUAAGGAGCUCUGAAGCUACUAUACUAAAGCCUGGCAGGAACACAAUCACCCUUUCCCUACCCCCACAGAAACCGGGUUCCUAUGUCUUGGGGGUUCUUACUGGGCAGAUUGGUCACUUGAGAUUUAGGUCUCAUAGUUUUUCCAAAGGGGGACCUGCAGAUAGUGAUGAUUUUAUGAGUUAUGAGAAGCCAACUAGACCCAUCUUAAAGGUGUUCAAACCAAGGUCACUGGUUGAUCUUGCUGCAGCUGUUUCAUCUGCUUUACUAAUGAAUGAACCUCAGUGGGUUGGAAUAAUUAUAAAGCCAAUUAACUACUCCCUUAGGGAUGCUGUCUUGCAUAUUGACACUGGUCCAGGUUUGAGGAUCGAGGAGUCAUAUAUCAUUGAAAUGGAGAGGUAUGCCAAGGAAUCACAUAUUUCAGGUGACUUGGGUUACUCAGAUGAUGCUAAAAAUGAUGGCUCUUCUACUGUUACUGAAGAAUUACAGCAGCUAACUCUUCAGGAUGGUAGAAUAGAAUUGCCAUACUGGGCUAGCAAUAUAACUUCUGUUUUGUGGAUUCCAGUGCGUGCUAUUAGUGACAAGUUAGCUAGAGGAACAUCCACAGUGUUUCCCCAAAGACAGAGUGUUGUAGAUGGAUUGAGAACAAUAGCUCUGAAACUUGAAUUUGGAGUAUCACACAACCAGACAUUUGAAAGGACCAUAGCUGUGCAUUUCACUGAUCCUUUCCAUGUGAGCACACGUGUUGCAGACAAAUGCAAUGAUGGUACUUUGCUUUUGCAGGUGAUACUACACUCACAAGUGAAGGCUUCAUUGACCAUAUAUGAUACUUGGCUGGAUCUUCAAGAUGGAUUUUCUCACACUAAACAUGGUGAUGGGAGACCAACAUCCGCCUACUUUCCGCUUCUUGUUUCCCCAACAUCGAAAACUGGAAUUCUGUUCAGUUUAUGCUUGGGGACUACAAUCGCUGAAGAUGAAGCAAAGGAGUUGCAUCCAGAUAGUAUAUUAAACAUCAGAUAUGGAAUUGCUGGUGAUAGAAACCUAGGAGCCCAUACCCCGGUUGCUGUGGAUCCCAUCAGACCCGAGGAUGUUACAAAUUCUUUGAUCUUUAGGAGUGCUCUUGUUUUGCAGCGGCCUGUGCUGGACCCUUGCAUGGCGGUUGGUUUUCUUCCUCUUCCCUCAAGUGGUCUCAGAGUUGGCCAGCUUGUUACCAUGAAGUGGAGAGUUGAAAGGUUAAAGGAUUUUCAGGAAAAUGAAGUUCCUGAAAACAAUGAUGAGGUGUUAUAUGAAGUCAAUGCAAACUCUGAGAAUUGGAUGAUUGCUGGAAGGAAAAGAGGUCAUGCUUCAAUUUCCACAAAGCAAGGUUCAAGGAUAGUCAUUUCAAUAUUAUGUGUGCCGCUGGUGGCGGGAUAUGUUCGUCCUCCUCAACUGGGCCUGGCCAAUGUGGAUGAUGCAAAUAUAAGUUGCAACCCUCCCGGACCUCAUUUGGUCUGUGUCAUGCCUCCAGCUCUCAGCUCCUCUUUCUGCAUACCAGCGUGAUAUACUUGAGGCCAUCUUUGAUUUAACACACUUUACAGGUGGACUUGGUUUCCCAUUCCAUAAGAAGUUAUAGGUAUAGAGGUAUAUUUCAGGUAGCCAAUUUUGAUCAUCUAAGAAAUUUGUAAAUCUGUACUUUUUCCAUAAUUGAAAAUUAAGAAACUGGGUUUUGAAUUUAAUUCGGGUUGGUGGUUCUUAGAGUGCUAAACUAUGCGGCUGUUGUGUAAUCUCUUGGCUCUUGCAGAAUGGACUUCUGGACUAGUACAAUUGUGUAGACUGAAAAAAUACUAACAAUUUUCUUUCAAAAAAAUUUAUUUGUAAAUGCUGCUGAAGUGCUACGUUGUUGUUCCUUGUAAUAUUGUGAUGUUAGACAAAGGCAUCCUUGUGCUUGUAAAUUUUGUGGCUUGAAUUCUCCUUUAUUCAAUGAUUUCUAUGUUUUCUUCGUUU